AGAGUCCGGCGGAGUGGCUGCGCCCGGAGAGAGCUCUUUCCAGGACGGAGAGGGUGAACGUCGACAGGCGCUUCGGCAGGACUCAAGGCACCGGGGGCCAGGACCAGGCUGAGGCGUCUGCAGCUGGGGGACAGCAAUCAGGGACAGAGGACGCCAAGGAAAAGUGAGAGCAGAAGCUUGGGGGUGAGCAAAAGAGCCCCACUCGCGGCUUUUACGCAGGCUGGGGACUCCAUUUAUUCCUUCCGGGCUGGCCGGGUAAGUGCUACGUCAGCUUGAGGUGACCAGACGACGCCACUGCCCCUUAAGUCGACUAGAGUCCUCAGCACCUGUCUAGGGCUGCAGGAGAGGCUGUGGUCAUGGUGAAUGAAGAGCCUAACCAGCAAGAGCGCGAUGGCACCGCUUCGCAGACUUCCGCCCUCGGGGAGAACCCCAGCCUCUCGGCCCAUCCCAGCGUCUCAGCCCGUCCAAGCGUCUCCAUCCACCCCAGUGUCUCCGCGCACCGCAGUAGUUCGGCCCACCCCAGUACGUUGGCUCAGCCCAGUGGCUCGGCCCACCCCAGUAGCUCGGGCCCGGAGGACCUUGGCGUGAUCAAGGUGAGCAAGCGCCGAUGGGCUGUGGUCCUGGUGUUUAGCUGCUACUCCAUGUGCAACGCCUUCCAGUGGAUCCAGUACAGCUCCAUCAAUAACAUCUUCAUGAACUUCUACGGGGUCAGUGCCUUUGCCAUCGACUGGCUUUCCAUGUGCUACAUGCUGACCUACAUUCCUCUGCUCCUGCCGGUGGCCUGGCUCCUGGAGAAGUUCGGCCUGCGCACCAUCGCCCUCACCGGCUCCGCUCUCAACUGCCUGGGGGCCUGGGUGAAGCUGGGCAGCCUGAAGCCGCAUCUCUUCCCAGUCACCCUGCUGGGCCAGGUCAUCUGCUCCGUGGCCCAGGUCUUCAUCCUGGGCAUGCCCUCCCGCAUUGCUUCUGUCUGGUUCGGGGCUAAUGAGGUGUCAACAGCCUGCUCCGUAGCUGUCUUUGGCAAUCAGCUUGGAAUUGCCAUUGGGUUCUUGGUCCCUCCUGUCUUGGUACCCAACAUCAAAGACCAGGACAAGCUUGCCUACCACAUCAGCAUCAUGUUCUACAUAAUAGCAGGUGUGGCCACUCUGCUUUUCAUCCUUGUCAUCAUCGUAUUCAAGGAGAAGCCGAAACAUCCCCCCAGCAGGGCCCAAUCCCUAAGCUAUGCCUUGGCAUCCCCUGAUGCUUCAUACUUAAGUUCCAUCGUCCGACUCUUCAAAAACCUCAACUUUGUGCUGCUUAUCAUCACCUAUGGUCUGAAUGCUGGUGCUUUUUAUGCCUUGUCCACUCUGCUGAAUCGCAUGGUGAUCUUGCACUACCCGGGCGAAGAAGUGAAUGCUGGAAGAAUCGGCCUGACCAUCGUCAUUUCAGGAAUGCUUGGGGCUAUGAUCUCAGGUAUCUGGCUGGAUAGGACCAAAACCUACAAGGAGACAACUUUGGUGGUCUACAUCAUGGCUCUGGUGGGCAUGGUGGUUUACACGUUGACCUUGAACCUGGGACACCUGUGGGUAGUGUUCAUCACGGCUGGUGCAAUGGGCUUCUUUAUGACUGGCUACCUCCCGCUGGGAUUUGAGUUUGCUGUGGAGCUGACAUACCCAGAAUCAGAAGGCAUAUCGUCUGGCCUCCUCAACAUGUCUGCCCAGGUAUUCGGGAUCAUCUUCACCAUCUCCCAGGGCCAGAUUAUCGACAACUAUGGAACCAGGCCUGGGAACAUCUUCCUGUGUGUGUUCCUCACCCUUGGAGCCGUCCUCACUGCGUUCAUUCGGGCAGAUCUCCGGAGGCAGAAAGCAAACAAAGAAACUCUUGAGAAUGUUGUUCCCGUAUUUCACAGCCAGAUCCUUGUCCACGAGGACCAGAAACCUGCGGAGGAGGAGGAGGAGGAGGAGGAGGAGGAGAGCAAAACCAGCAAAGCCCCCACUAGUGUACUGGAGGAGCAACUCUGAGAGAGAAAGGUGGUGGGACUCAGGGAACACGGACCACGCCCACCUCUUCAGCCAGCACAGCUCUCCCUGCCAGCACCACGGGCAGGCUUCCCCGGAGCAGCUUUUGGAGGGAACCAGGGGGCAUAGCUGGGGCUUGGACAGCAGUGCCUCCGCCUGGAACCCACCGCAGAGCUGGUGUCGUCUGCCUGGGGGAGACUGCGGUUUUCACCACGUGCCGAUCGGCUCCCCGCCCCUCCCCGCGUAGGUCUGGCAGCUGGUGGGCGGGGGCAGAGGGAAUCCUGGAGUCAGUCCUGGCCGGCUGCCUUGCCUUCCCUCCACCCCAUCCCGCGGGAGAGAGCCUGCCAAUUAUCACGGAAAGCAAGCUUACUCCGGAGGUUAACUUUUUCUAGUGUCUUCAGACCCUUAGGAGCCCAAUUCUAAGGGGCGGCAGCUGCUCUGGACGAGGGUCAUUCUUGGGCCACCAGACUGACCGCUAACGUUCGGAGGGAGAGAAAACACCAUCAGGACAAACCCCUCAGGACUCUGGGACCAGGUUCUCCCGGCUCAUGUUGGCGUCUGUCUCCAAACCCUCUUUCCCAAGAGCUGAUAAAACCAAACAUCAGUAAACUUGACAAAAACUUUGCUGUGGCUGUGAAGGAGAAGCCGAUUUCAGAGAGUUGACCUUCUCAGGAUGUGAGGGUGCUUACGAACUUGGGGACUCUGGUCCCCAAAUGAUUUAGGAAUGGAAAGGUUCUUUUCUAAAAUAGAUGUCCUGGCCUAGGGCCUUGUGUGUGUGUCACUGUCACCUCUGCUGCUGUCAUCUGGACGCUGCCCACGUGUUCUCCAGAGGGAGGGCAAGCCCAGCCAACUGCCUGCCUGUACCCUUUAGUGAAAACCAACCUGGAUACCUUCCCCCCUGCGAACUCCAGAACGCUUCUGAGAGAUGAAAGGGGCAGCAGGUGGCCACUGAACGGGACUCGGGUCUGCUGGGUUAGAUAAGAGCAUUCCAUCUCUGAUGGGGACAGUAUUUGCAUCCCCACCUCUCCCCUCACCCCCUUCUUUAAUAGCAAUAAUUUUUUCUCAGAUGUUCUGAAUUUAAAGAGAUUCCCUUUCAAUCAGCCCUAGCUGACCUCUCCUGCUUUGCCUGCUGUCUGGCUCUACCCAUGGGCUUGGGUAGUAUUUCCAAAAAUAAGAUGUUUUGGUCAUUUCUCCUGUGCGUUGAGUUCCGUGAUCAUGACCCCUAUGCUGCCCCGGCCUCAGCAUAUUGGAGCAGCCUGUGUGGCAGCGGUGCUGGGGUACUUGAGCCACUGCCCAAGGGGAGCCAAGUGUGUGUGUGUGUGUGUGUGUGUGUGUGUCUGUGUCUCUGUGUGUGUCUGUGUGUACAGAUAUUCUGUACAUAAUAAAAGAAGUUCACACUUCUGGUGGGAGGACUGAGGUAGGGGUGGAGGGGAGGUGGAGAGUGAUGGCGCCUUUUUGAUAAAGAGUGUUUACUCUUCAGUCCCUUAAAAUGUAUCAACAAAAUGUUUACUGAAACCAUUGAUUUAUUUAAAAAACAUAAUUAAUAUUUUCUACUUGUUAAUGUCAGAUAUUUUAAGGCAAUAAAAGAUUCUCCAUGUGG